CUGUUUUUGUUCUGGCCUUAUCUAUCUUUCAGUCUGAAGAAGGGUUCUGACCAGAAAUGUCACCUCUUCUCCAGAGCUGCUGCCUGACCCUCUGACCCACUUUGUGUCUGUCUGUCUGCUGCACCAGCACCUUGUUCCUGAUGCGUGUUUAUGCAGAUUCCAGCAUUAGCAGUCUCCUAUGGACCUUGAGCCCCAGGAUCUUACAUCUCAAGAUGUAAUCUAGUUAUGAACAUACAUGAUUCUAUUCUGCACAGCAGCCGGAACUGUGUCACAGUCUUUUAUUGGUCGUUGUCUCAAGAUUAGUACUAAAUUUGUUGUCUGAAGGUUCAGGCAUUACCCAAAAGCAAUGCAAAUUGGGAGAAAUGUUAGAUCCGUUUUAAACACUGGGUGAGUGCCUUGGGCUCCUCAAGGGGAAGUCUGGUGAAAUGAAAGUGAAAGGAGCGGAUGUUGGGGAGGUUUGCAUAGGAUCUUUGGUUUGCAGCUAGUGUUCGGGGCGGAAGCAAUCGCCAACAGGGUGCCGGCGCGGCCACACAAGAGGCCUCCCUGGGUCCAGCAGAAAUGUCCAGGGUGUUCAUAUUCAGGGUGUUCCUGCUCCUGUGCCUCUCCGCUGACCAACUCCUUCACCACGGACGCUGCGGUGCCCGGGGGCAGCCCCAACAGCUGGGAAACGAGCACCAAAAAGCCGUCUCCGCUCACGAAAAGCUCUUCCAACAGUUCGUUGCAAAAUACAACCGGGGCUACGCGGCAGACGGUCCCCAGUUCGUCGAGAAGUACCGAGUGUUCCAGGAAAGCAUGCAGAGACAUUACACCAUGAAUCUUAUUUCUUCAAACUUGUCAAAUGAAAGUGACUUUGCUGUUUAUGGAAUUAACCAGUUUUCAGAUGUAUCUCCUGCAGUAUUCAGAGCGACAUAUUUGGGUUCAAGGCCUGCGCAGCUUCAGAACUUCAUGUCAUUUCCGGAAGACAACGAGACACCAGCAUUGCCAGCAAAAUUUGACUGGAGGGUCAAGGGGGUCGUUACACCUGUACGAAAUCAGAAAACGUGUGGAGGAUGCUGGGCCUUCAGUGUGGUGGAGAGUAUUGAAUCUUCUCUCGCAAUUAAAAGUGGACAACUGGAAAUGCUGAGUGCUCAAGAAGUUAUUGAUUGUUCUUACGGGGAUGCUGGUUGUCGUGGAGGCUCACCAAUCAGUGCCCUGAGGUGGCUAAAUCAGAGUAAAGCAAAGUUGGUGGAAGAGUCAUCUUAUCCCUUCAAUGCAAAAACUGGAAUGUGCCAUUAUUUUCCAAAGUCCACAUUUGGUGUUUCAAUCAGAAGCUAUAAGGCAUACAGCUUCAGAUACAACGAAGAAGCAUUGAUGCAGAAACUACUGGAAUGGGGACCCUUGGUGGCCUUGGUUGAUGCCAUCAGUUGGCAGGACUACCUGGGUGGCAUUAUACAGCACCAUUGCUCUCAUCAAGAACCCAAUCAUGCAGUCGUCAUCACUGGUUAUGACAAAACAGGUGAUAUCCCAUACUGGAUAGUGCGAAACUCAUGGGGAGUCGAAUGGGGAAUUAAUGGCUAUGUAUACAUCAAAAUGGGAAGAAAUGUUUGUGGUGUUGCUGAUUCAAUUGCAGUGGGAUUUGUGUGAGAAGAAGCUCCUUUGAUGCCUAUCUCUAUCCGAUGGCCUCUUACCUCCAUCAAAGACGAAGGAUAUUGAUGACAAUGAGUCUGGGUUUAACAGUGGAGAAUCACGCUGGUCAAAGUACAUCCCUCCAAAGGAACCCGUCCUACUUUCUUUGAGUGGAGGAGAUUUUGUGGAGAAGGUUCAGGCGGAGCUGCCUCGGGCAGAAUUCCCAGUAGCCACUGAGGCCGUUCCAUGGAGCUGCUGUGGGCAGAAUUCCCAGUAGCCACUGAGGCCGUUGCAUGCCUUUGUCCCAAGAGAGUUUCACCUCAAAUUUUUGGAACUCUCCGUCAGAGUUUUUCCUGCUACACCAAAAACACAUCAGCUCUCGGCACUAGUUUUUGUUCGAUACUGCAAUUGGGCAAGGUACCUCACAAUAGUCCCAGGAAAUUGACAUCAAGGUGUCUUUAUAUUGAAUUAGUCAGCUAUUAACGUUUCCGCUUUAUAUGCGGGUCUUUGUCUUCAGGAGAAAAGCUAUCGUUUAAUGACCGUCCCCAAAUAGUUUAGGUUAGUUUAGAAAUACAGCAUAUAAACCCUCCUUUUGGCCCACCAUCGAUCGAUCACCUGUUUAUACUAGCUCUAUGUUCUCCCACUUUCUCAUCUACUCCCUACACACUAGGGGUGAUUUGCAAAGGCCAACUAAACUACAAACCUGCACAACUUUGGGAUGUGGAAGGAAAGUGGAGCACCGGGAGGAAACCAAGGUGGUCACAGAGAGAACGUGGAAACUCCACACACACACACAGUGACCUCCAUAUGUCAUGUUUUGCUGGCAAAAGACCCGUCACAUUUGGAAUCGGACAUGGAAUGAGUUCAACUGGCAAUCAGUGGACAAUUGGCAGAUGUUUCUCUGCAGCUCCUUCCUUGGCGAACUUUGUUGCAUCUCUGACGUUAUUUGCUAGUUUAUAAUUCAGCACAGCCACCGAUAAACUCUUUGUUGUGUAGCCUUCAUAAGGCCAUAAGGAAUAGGAGUAGAAUUAGGUCAUUCGGCCCAUCAAGUCUACCCCACCAUUCAAUCAUGGCUGAUCUAUCUCUCCCUCCUAACCCCAUUCUCCUGCUUUCUCCCCAUUCUCCUGUCUUCAUACAAUACUGUCUGUUGAUUUCUUAGAAAAUAAUCCACCAGUGGUAUCACAUUUGUUGCAUCACCAUGACAUAACCAAAUGGUGCUAUAAUAAUGAUGUUUAUAUAAUGUGCUGCUGUUUCCUCAUGGAGGUUGCUGGGAAUUUGUAUAUCUUUCAUUAAGAAUGUCACUGUUGCCAUGGUUCUGACUAGAGAAUAUUUUAAUAGGCUGGUUGGACAUUUUUGUUUGGAGCACUGCUGUUGCUAAGGGACAAUUGGUAACUUGGUGCAUGAUUUGGCAGUGUAAAAAUGAAAAGACUAUAACGGGCAAAACGCACUUUGUGGCCCGGAUCCAGCUUUUAUACGCUGCCACGGAAUGUCUCAUCAAAGUAAAUGGGUCCUUGAUGGCUCCCAUUCCUUUCCAGAGAGGAGCACAUCAAGGCUGCCCCAUGUCUACCCAACUGUACACCAUCUACGUCGAGCCUUUCCUGAGGCUAUUUCGGAGGGAGGUUGGCGGUUCUACGUUAGCCGGACAUGGAGGUGGUCCUCUCGGCCUACGCCUACGACGUGCUCCUAAUGUUCAUCGACCCCGUCGACCUGCUGAGGAUGUGCAAGUGCCAAUGGGUCUUCUCUGCUACCUCCUCUGCCAGGAUCAACUGGGGGAAAUGGUUCAGACUCUUGCUGGGUCCUUGGCAGGUGGACUCCCUCCCAGAGGAGAUGGGGCCUUUUGCACCACACACCUCCUCUACUUGGGAGUCUACCUGAGUUUCGCUGUGGAGACCUGGCUGGCAAACUGGCAGGAGCUAGAAACGAAAGUUGUUUCACGGCUGGGGUGCUGGUCGGGUCUCCUCAGGGUGCUUUCCUACUAGGGCAGGGUGUUGGUCAUUAACCAACUGGUGGCCUCCAUGCUUUGGUUGAUCAGUUUGGUCCCACUGGCUACCUUUGCUGGGAUGAUCAGGAGGAAUUCUUCUGCGGCAAAGGAAAGCACUGGGUCUCUGCAGCGGUCCUGAGUCUCCCAAUCAAGGAGGGCGGUCAGUCGCUGGUGUGUAUUCGCACCCAGGUGGCGGCUCUCCGCCUCAGGACCCUGCAGAGAUACCUGUACGCCGAGCGUGCCCCCAGUUGGCACGUGCUGGCGACGCAUUUUUUCCAACGGGGCCGCUGCCUUCAAGGAGGCUCACGGAUACCGGUGGUGGACAUCAGCCAUGCUGUCCUGCAGAGGAUGCCCAGGUUCUACUGGGACCUGCUGAGAGACGAAAUUGGUUGCCAUCGACCGGGGGCCCCAUCCACUGGCGGAGGGCGAUGAACCUGGUCGUAAGAUCGGCCAGCCCUUGUCCCGCCCCGCCGGGUGUCAGAGAGGCUCGAACAUGUGGAAUACUUGUUGGACCCAGGCCCCGGAAUCCUUUUCGGGAGCCGAUCCCACACCCGGUUCCUCGGCACCCUUCACUCCCUCCGAGAGGCAGCGAGGCGUCUCCUGUACGGACUUCUCCUCCACACCCUGCACAUCCUUGCCCUGGUCCACAGUCCGCACACAAAGUGGUGCCAUCUAGUCACGAGCAAACCCCCCAGUGGAGGUCCCUCUACACUGGGUUUAUCCCACUUUACAACGGGAAACUGGGGUGAAUGGUAUUACACUGAGGAAUCCCAUGCAACCUGUUUCUGCGCCGGUUCACAGGCUCACCACUUUUGCGGAUUGGAUGGGCCGGUGUUCCACGUACAUGUGGAGUGUGUGAGGUUGCACCCCCUGUGCCAAUACCUAAAAGGGCUGCUACUUGCCUUCUGGCUGCACUUCACACCCACCAUCUCCAUCUUCGGACACCCUGUGCGUAGGGGAGAGGGUAGGGCCGAAGAUGUCCUGGUUGGGUUGCUCCUGGACCUGGCCAAGCUGGCCAUCCACGAGUCAUAGCGCUAAGUGGAAGAGGGCUCUGCCUGAGCCGGCUACCUGCCCUCGUUGAAAUUUAUGCCCGCGCUCGCGUGGUACUCGAGAGGGAAUACGCCCUGUCCACGGGCACCCUGUGGGAUUUCCGGGAUGCCGAUUUUCUGGCAACUGGUGGUCUGACAUCUCCUUUAAUCCGGACAAAAAUAUGAGAGCGCGUUUCAAAUCCCCCCACCCCGGAUGCCCCCCCCGCUGAGAAUGUGGCGCCUAGGCAGAGUGACACAGCCGAUCUCGACCUCAUCGGGACAUCUGCGGCCGAUCAGCGGAUCGAAUUUUCCCCUUGAAACCGGGGGUUCUGGAACUCCAGCCCGGCUAGAGCCGGCAGAUCCGUUCCCAUAGCCAACUUCCGAGGCCAACUUUGCAGGCCAGUAUCUUUGCCCUCCCCCCCCCCCCCCCCCCGAUGGCCAAGGUGGAUCGUUCCAAUACCGUUCGACUCCUCUCGGAGGUCGUGACCUCUGUUAGCCCGGCAAAAUAGAUAAUCCACAAAAGCUCCGGAGCCAACAGUGCCGGAAAAAACAAUACUUCCUUGCAAAAUAGGCAGCUAGUCGCUGUUUUUUUAUUGGGAGGACAUGGAAAUCUUGUGAGCUCAUUUUCUUUAAUUUUAAGCCUCUAUUUUUGCUGUUUUUUUUGCUGUCUCUGAGCUCGUUGAGAUUUGACAUCGUAACUCAGUAUGAUUGUGCCUAACGUAUAGCAGGAUUAUCACUAACCUGUAUAAAGAAAAUAAUUUUACUGUGCUUGGGUACAUGUUGUAAUUUAGAACGGGUGCAGAGAAGAUUUUAGAGAUACAGCGUGGAAAGAUCACUGAGUCCGCACUGACCAACGAUUCCCGCACAUUAACACGAUCCUGCACACACUAGGGACAAUCAGGCCAAUUCACCGACACACAUGUACAUCUUUGGAGUAUGGGUGGAAUCCGAAGAUCUCAGAAAACCCACGCAGGUCACGGGGAGAACGUGUAAGCUCCAUGCAGGCAGCACCCAUAGUCAGUAUCGAACCCGGAUCUCUGGCAAUGUAAGGCUACUGCUAUGCCACCAUGCCACCCAGGGUGUUGCCAGGUCAAGGGCCUGAGCUGUAGGGAGAGGUUGAGUAGACUGGGACUCUAUUUCCUGGAGCACAUAAGGAUGAGCAGUGAUCUUAUCGAGGUGCAUAAAAUCAUGAAAGGAAUAGAUCAGGUGGACACACAGAGUCUCUUGCCCAGAGUUGUGAAAUCUAGAACCAGAGACCAUACGUUUGAGGUGAAGGGGAAAAGAUUUUAUAGGAAUCUGAGGAGUAACGCAAAGGGUGUUGAGUAUAUGGAAUGAUCUGCUGGAGGAGAUAGUUGAGGCAGGGACCACCACACCAUUUAAGAAGCAAUUAGACAGGUACAGGGAUAGGACAUGUUUGGAGCGAUAUGUGGGCCAAACGCAGGCAGGUGGGACUAGUGUGGAUGGACAUGUUGGUCGGUGUGGGCAAGUUCGGCCGAAGGGUCUGUUUCCACACUGUAUCACUAUGACCAUAUGAUAAUAAAGUCCCAUUGAAUUGUUUGUAUAAAGCAAUCAUGUAAAAAGGCAAGAAGCAUCAAUUUCAUGCUUACAUUGAAAGCACCCAGCAUGGUGUUAACAUGCAGAGUGCUCCCCCAUCUCUUCACGGGCUACUGAACAUGUCUGCCACAUUGUUCUUUUUUCAGUAUUUUAAAAUGGGUCCAACCAUAUUGUUGAAGUCAUCCUGUAUAUCUAGCCCCUCAUCUUCACACCAACCAUAAAUGGCAUACAUAUGAAUCGGGUCACUGAUUUGUGUUCGUUUAGAAAAUAUUUUAUUUUUCUUUAUUUCAAAGUAUCAUGUUUUCUAUUACCUAAUAACAUUUCAUGUUCUUUUAAAUAAACUUGUGUUUGAACUUUUAAUUGUUUCAUUAAUUUUAUGCGAGUGUUUUUAAAUAACUACUUUCUUUGGAGUUUUCAGGUGGCUUUCAGGUAUGGUGAGCAAUAUUUCAGCUGCCUAAAGUCAUGUCACUGGUGGACCAGUGCAGGAAGGAACUGCAGAUUCUGGUUUAAACUGAA